AUGUUGGCUCUCGGCAAGUUUCGUGGGAAUAACGAACCAGCUGGAGAAGAGGAGCGGCUGCGCAGCGUGGCGGAGAACGGCGGGUCCCGGGGCACGGGGCCGGAGGACUCCCCGCGGGGGUCCCGCUACAGCAACGUCCUCACCCCCGACAAGAUCCCUGACUUCUUCAUCCCACCCAAGCUGAGCGCAGCUCCCACCGAGGCUGAGGGCUCCGAGCCCCCCACAGCGCCUGCCCUGGGCCCCUCGACCUCAGAGCAGGACCUGGCUGGGCGCAAGCCCCCGCGCAGCCCCCGGCCAUCCAGCCGUCCCCGUCCCCGGGCCGCCGACCGGCACAUUAUCCAGAUCGAAAGCGCCGAGGACUGGACAGCUGAGGGGGGCUUUGGCACCAACGCGGACCCACAGGCGCAGACGGCCAUGUCACUGCCCUACGUGCCCAAGGCACAGACCUCCUACGGCUUCGCCACGCUGGUGGAGAGCCCCCACACACGGCGCAAAGAGUCACUCUUCCACAGCGAGCACAGCAGCCUCUGCCCCUCGCCGGCCACCUCGCCCAGUGCCCAGCGCAGAGCCAAGCUCAACGGCGAGGGUGGGCCCCGGGCACCCGCCGACCUGGGCGCAGCCCUCAUGCACCCUGGCCGCUACUUCAGUGGUGGCGAGAGUGACACGUGCUCCUCGGCUGAGUCCUCACCCUUCAGCUCCCCACUGCUCUCCCGCUCCGUCUCCCUGCUGAAGAUCUUCAGCCAGGAGAGCCAGUCCAAGGUCAUCAAGCUGAAGCACUCAGUAGCCCGCAACAGCUCACUGUCCACCGAUGACAGCUCGGCCGACACCAGCCCCAGCGCCCAGCGCCGCGCCAGGAGCGUCCCAGCCGGAACAGAUCCGCCCUCUCUCCUCCUGCCCCCACAGGGGCAGGGAAAGCAGCAUGGUUUUUCGCCGUUCCUCCGGGAGGAAGCUCUCCGAUCCGGCAUGUGA